UUGUGUGGACUUAAGACAAAGCAAUCUUUUGUGUCUGUUAUGUCUGCUGCUUCUAAUUGUAAACCCAGUCUUAAUCAGACUACAAAUGGCAUGCAAAUUUGUUAGUGAUAAUUCAAUUUAAGGAAAGCAAUGGGUGACAUUUUGUUUUGUCCAAUAGGUGGCAGCAGUAUUAAUCUGACUGUCAAGGCUUAGUUAAACUUGUUCCACUUCACUCCCCAGAUGUUAGUCUCAUUAGAGGUUCUGAGAGACUCAAAGCCUUCCCAAACAUUUCGCUGAUAUUGUCUUCAAAGAAUAAAUAUUUAGACAGGGAAAAGCGGAUGAUUAAAAUUGGAGUAAAAAUCCAACUACCACUAAAGAGACACUACUGAGGAGCUGGGAUCAGGUGUUUCACACACAGCUGACAGCCAUUAGGAUCUCAGACUUGGGUUGCUUUAGUUAGACAUCUCUGAAUGGAUACAUUCACUGUGGAAGAGGCUGUAGAGGCCAUUGGAUUUGGAAUAUUUCAAUGGAAGCUUUCUAUGCUCACUGGAGUAGCAUGGAUGGCUGACGCCAUGGAGAUGAUGAUUCUGAGUAUCCUGGGCCCUCAGCUCCAUUGUGAGUGGAGGCUGCCUAGCUGGGAGGUGGCCUUCAUCACCUCCGUUGUGUUUAUAGGAAUGAUGCUCAGCUCAUCAUUAUGGGGGAAUAUCUCUGACAAGUAUGGCAGGAGACUGGGUUUGAUCCUGUGUAUGGUGUGGACGCUGUACUAUGGUCUACUGAGUGCCUUUGCUCCUGUUUACGGCUGGAUUCUCGUCCUGAGAGGCCUAGUCGGCUUUGGCAUCGGAGGAGCACCACAGUCGGUAACACUAUACUCAGAAUUCCUUCCAAGCAAGUCGCGAGCCACCUGCAUAAUGCUGAUCGAGGUCUUCUGGGCGUUGGGUGCGGUGUUUGAGGUGCUGUUGGCCAUGCUGGUGAUGCCCACCCUCGGCUGGCGAUGGCUCCUGGCUUUCUCCACAAUACCUCUGGUGCUCUUCACUACAUUGUGCUUUUGGCUUCCUGAGAGUGCUCGGUACGACGUGCUGACAGGCAACAGCCAGAAGGCACUGGUCACUCUGAAGAGGAUAGCAGAGGAUAACAGGGCGGAGUUGCCAAAGGGCAGACUCAUAGCCAACAGACAGGAUGAUCGUGGCAAGAUACAGGACCUCUUUACUCCUGAGUACCGCAUGACCACUAUUCUUCUUUGGUUCAUCUGGUUCGCCAAUGCUUUUGCUUAUUAUGGUCUGGUCCUACUAACAACAGAGCUCUUCCAGGCCGGUGAUAUAUGUGGAGUAAACACAGCAAGAGCCAAAGUAGAACCUCGUUGCAGUUUAGAAUGUUCCUACCUCACACUAGAUGACUAUAAAGACCUCCUGUGGACGACCCUAGCUGAAUUUCCAGGGCUUCUUGUCAUCCUUUGGGUGAUAGAUCGAAUCGGUCGAAAGAAAAGCAUGGUGAUGUGUUUCGUAGCAUUCUCAGUAUCUAUCCUGCCCCUGUACGCCUGCAUUGGGAGGACGGCUCUGACCAUUUUCAUCUUCAUUGCGAGAGCUUUUAUCACAGGUGGAUGGCAGGCAGCAUAUGUUUACACACCUGAGGUUUACCCUACAGUAACAAGAGCUGUUGGCAUUGGAACCAGCAGUGGCUUUGCCAGAGUUGGUGCCUUGCUUACCCCAUUCGUGGCACAGGUGCUACUGAGGUCAUCCGUCUACCUGACGCUGUCUGUGUACUGUGUUUGCUCUUUACUCGGUGCGGUGGCAGCUUGGUUCUUGCCCAUCGAGACAGCAGGUCGGGCCCUACAGGAGUCCACUCAGCUUAAUAACAAUGGCCCCCAGGACAUGACCAGUCUUCCGCCAGCCUCUCAGGCCAGCCACGGUACACAGAACGGCCACUCCCAAGGACCAUGACGUGUGUGUGUGUGUGUGUGUGUGGG